GCGUGGACGCGCGCGCCCCAGCGCGGGAUGCGCGCGCACCUCCCGCGCCCUGGCUCCGCCCCGCCCGCGGGGCAAGGGGCCGCUGAGGCCCCGCCCACGCGCCUCGCCUGAGGCCGGUCAGCUCAGCCCAGGCCCCCGCCCCCGCCGCUUAAAUGAGGCGGCGGGGAGCAGCCCCCGGAAACGGCCGGGCACUCGGAGGCUGGGAGCGCGGCGUGCGACGGCGGCGAGGCGCAGAGAGCAUCAUGGCAGAGCAGGUGGCCCUGAGCCGGACCCAGGUGUGCGGGAUCCUGCGUGAAGAGCUGUACCAAGGCAAUGCCUUCCAUCAGUCUGAUACACACAUCUUCAUCAUCAUGGGUGCAUCGGGCGACCUGGCCAAGAAGAAGAUCUACCCCACCAUCUGGUGGUUGUUCCGGGAUGGCCUUCUGCCUGAAGACACCUUCAUCGUGGGCUAUGCCCGCUCCCGCCUCACAGUGGCCGACAUCCGGAAACAGAGCGAGCCCUUCUUCAAAGCCACACCAGAGGAGAAGCCCAAGCUGGAGGAGUUCUUUGCCCGCAACUCCUAUGUGGCUGGCCAGUAUGACGACGCGGCCUCCUACGAGCGCCUCAACAGCCAUGUGAAUGCCCUCCACCAGGGGCCACAGGCCAACCGCCUCUUUUACCUGGCCUUGCCGCCCACGGUGUACGAGGCGGUCACCAAGCACAUCCACGAGACCUGCAUGAGCCAGACAGGCUGGAACCGUGUCAUUGUGGAGAAGCCCUUCGGGAGGGACCUGCAGAGCUCCGACAGGCUGUCCAACCAUAUCUCCUCCUUGUUCCGUGAGGACCAGAUCUACCGCAUCGACCACUAUCUGGGCAAGGAGAUGGUCCAGAACCUCAUGGUGCUGAGGUUUGCCAACAGGAUCUUUGGCCCCAUUUGGAACCGGGACAACAUAGCCUGCGUCAUUCUCACGUUCAAGGAGCCCUUUGGCACCGAGGGCCGCGGGGGCUACUUCGACGAAUUCGGGAUCAUCCGGGACGUGAUGCAGAACCACCUGCUGCAGAUGCUGUGUCUUGUGGCCAUGGAGAAGCCGGCCUCCACUGACUCGGACGAUGUCCGGGACGAGAAGGUCAAGGUGUUGAAGUGUAUCUCCGAGGUGCAGGCAGACAACGUGGUCCUGGGCCAGUACGUGGGGAACCCCAGCGGAGAGGGGGAGUCCACGAAAGGCUACCUGGACGACCCCACGGUGCCGCGCGGGUCCACCACGGCCACCUUCGCGGCCGUCGUGCUCUAUGUGGAGAACGAGAGGUGGGACGGGGUGCCCUUCGUCCUGCGCUGCGGCAAGGCACUGAACGAGCGCAAGGCCGAGGUGCGGCUGCAGUUCCGCGACGUGGCCGGCGACAUCUUCCGGCAGCAGUGCAAGCGCAAUGAGCUGGUGAUCCGCGUGCAGCCCAACGAGGCCGUGUACACCAAGAUGAUGACCAAGAAGCCCGGCAUGUUCUUCAACCCCGAGGAGUCUGAGCUCGACCUGACCUACGGCAACAGAUACAAGAACGUGAAGCUCCCCGAUGCCUACGAGCGCCUCAUCCUGGACGUCUUCUGCGGGAACCAGAUGCACUUCGUGCGCAGUGACGAGCUCCGGGAAGCCUGGCGGAUCUUCACGCCGCUGCUGCACAAGAUCGAGCGCGAGAGGCUCCAGCCCAUCCCUUACGUUUACGGCAGCGCACGGUCCCCAAGCAGUGCUCCUGCCGGCAGCCCCAACCCAGCGGGAGAAGUGGACAUGAGGUUGGCAGGCCCCCUCCGCAUUGUGGCCCUGGUUGUCACCGUGGGCCUUACGUGGAUCGUGAUCAGCAUCCUCCUGGGCGGGCCUGGCAGUGGCUUUCCUCGCAUCCAGCAGCUCUUCGCCAGCGCAGAGAACUCAGGGACCGCAGAGCCACGAGCCAGGAAGUACAAGUGUGGCCUGCCCCAGCCAUGCCCCGAGGAGCACCUAGCCUUCCGCAUGGUCAGUGGGGCUGCCAAUGUCAUCGGACCGAAGAUCUGCCUCGAAGAUAAGAUGCUCAUGAGCAGUGUCCAGGACAACGUGGGUCGUGGACUGAACAUCGCCCUGGUGAAUGGGGUCAGCGGCGAGCUCAUCGAGGCCCGGGCCUUUGACAUGUGGGCAGGAGAUGUCGGCGACCUGCUGAAGUUUAUUCGGCCGCUGCAUGAGGGCACCCUGGUAUUUGUGGCAUCCUACGACGACCCAGCCACCAAGAUGAAUGAAGAGACCAGGAAGCUUUUCAGCGAUCUGGGCAGCAAGCACGCGAACGGCCUGGCUUUCCGCGAUAGCUGGGUGUUUGUGGGGGCCAAGGGCGUGCAGAACAAGAGCCCCUUCGAGCAGCAUGUGAAGAACAGCAAGCACACCAACAAGUACGAAGGCUGGCCCGAGGCGCUGGAGAUGGAGGGCUGCAUCCCGAGGAGGACCACGGCCCGCUAGCCGGGCCGGGCGCAGGACCAGCCCAGGGAGGCCGCGUGCGCCCGGCCGGGAGGAGGCGCCGCUGCGGGCCCGAGGCCGGACGAGCGCGCUCUGGCCCCGCACGUCGGGGCUCCGACGCGGUGCCCCGGGGCGGAGGGGGGGGGCCGGGCGCGACCGAGGGAGGGGGCGGCGGGGGCCGGCCCCGGCUCGCUUUGAUCGGGCGGUCAGGCGCCCCUCUCCGUAUUUCCUCAAGCUGCCUCCCCCGGGGAGCCCCAGCCCGACCCCCGCGCGGCGGCAGCGGCUCCCGGGGCGGGGUGGGGGGGGCCUGGGGUCCCGGGGCCGCUCGCCGCCUCUCCGGCCAAUCCGAAUUGCGGUGGGACGCCUUCCGAGGGGCCGCGCCUGCUGGCAGUUCUGGAGCCGGCGGCCUCCUGCCUCGCCCUGCGCGGGAACGGGCCCCUGCGGAGCGGGGCUGGCGGGGCGCUGCGGGGCCUUGUGACGGCCACCAGGGGGGCCGGCCUUCGGGAUGCGCUCUUAAUAAACGAGUAGCCCCCAGUGGAA